CGCUUAUAAGCUACAUUUGUUACUCGAUAUUGGCACCACUCCUGACAGGGUUAUUGCUCGCUAGGACAGACCACAACCACAUCGCGCUAAGGGGCAUGGAGCGGCAGGCGCAGAUUGAUAAGGCCGCAUCAGCGCUAGACACGCUGUCAUCGAUCAUUCCUGAGGCAGAAUUGCUACUCGACGCCAUCACCGUCAAACACCCCGGCCAGACGGGACUACCCGCGCACAUCAAGUUCCUCACCCUGCAACAAAGCCAGCUCGAGGCAUGCAUCGCCAUGCAUGUGCCUGCCGUGGAGGAGCUGAUUCGCAAUACUGUCACCAACGUCCACUUGGCUGACCAGCAGAUGGCGGUCCUCAAACGCUGCUCGCACCUCACCUUCAUCAGCAAGAUUGGCCGUGUCUCCGUCGUAGAUGGCGGUCAUGAGUGGAUUGUCAUUCGGCCCAAGACAUGGACGCUCGCCAAAGUGGCACGUGACAUGGCAGAAGAUGGAUGGGAAUGGGGCGAGUACGACACUGUACACGAUGUGCCACGGGACGUAUGGGCGGAUGCGGGGCCAUACACUCUUGCGAGAGCGAUCAUGAGGCUCGUGGAGGAUGCGAAAGCCCAUAGAGUGGACUACAGGAUACCAAGGAUACGUGUCGUCAUGCCGAGCUUGCGGAGAAGCGAGAAUGACGACGUCGGGCUGUAUCUGGACGUGCUGGAGAAGAUGGAUCCAUCGGUCAAGAUCACAAUAUCAUGUGCUGAUAGUGACUUCUUACUCUCGCCAGUACCAGAUAUGGCCACUGCGUUGCAGAGUCUGGUGGUUCAUCCAUUGACCAAUCUUACAUCGACUUUGAAUCUGGAUCAAACCAUCCUCAUGGACUUGGUUUCAGAUAUUACGCAUUUACGUCUCAAACCGGAGAAUUGGCUCCCGCGUAAUACACAAGGCCAUAUCCAGGAGGAGAACGCGGGCGAAGGAGGCAUCAUGACCAAGGCACUGUACCCUGUAUUACAGGGCCGCACACUAGUCUGCACGAGCGAAGUCGUGGGCGAGUUCAUGGAUCUUGUCACCAAGAUUGGAACAGAAACAGAAAGAGAGCGAGCGAGACUGCUCCUUGGUCUAGAAGGGUCUCAAUGUGAGACACGGGCCGGAUACAACAAACUGACGAUACAUCCGCUGCCUGAUGACCUCCAGGUCCCGAUAACUGUCAUACCUACGUCGUGGGCGAGCGCAACCACUCUGCAAGAGGUCAUAGCUUCGAAAGGGCUCCCUAGCAUAGCGCUGCCAGUCUCAAAGGCCGCCCGAUCAAAGCUGAGCCCGGCGAGGAUAGGUGUCUUUCUGCAAGGGUGGCUGAUGGACUGCCAUACCCUAACCGGCCAAAAGGAGAUGCUGAGCAAGUUCAGAGUAUGGGUCGACCAAUGCCGACUGAGUGACGAGGACACGGGGCCGAGAGUGUGGAGAAUCGAUGUCACGAGGAAUCUUUUGGCUACUAGACCACCACAUAGGACAAAAGGGUUCAAAGAGCAGGCGACCGAGGUCAGGGCAGGUCAGGACUAGAGCGCUGGGAUUCACAUAGAAAGCUUAUGGCAGGCUAUAUCAACACGAAUGUGUUGAAUUAAAGGGCUUCUAAGGAU